AUGCUGCAUUCACUCAGCCUCCUCCUGCCCAUGCUGCAUUCACUCAGCCUCCUCCUGCCCAUGCUGCAGCCUCCUCCUGCCUGUGCUGCACCCAUCCAGCCUCCUCCUGCCCAUGCUGCACCCAUCCAGCCUCCUCCUGCCCAUGCUGCAUUCACUCAGCCUCCUCCUGCCCAUGCUGCACCCAUCCAGCCUCCUCCUGCCCAUGCUGCAUUCACUCAGCCUCCUCCUGCCUGUGCUGAAUUUACUCAGCAUCCUCCUGCCUGUGCUGCAUUCACUCAGCCUCCUCCUGCCCAUGCUGCAUUCACUCAGCCUCCUCCUGCCCAUGCUGCAUUCACUCAGCCUCCUCCUGCCCAUGCUGCGUUCACUCAGCCUCCUCCUGCCUGUGCUGCACCCAUCCAGCCUCCUCCUGCCCAUGCUGCACCCAUCCAGCCUCCUCCUGCCCAUGCUGCAUUCACUCAGCCUCCUCCUGCCCAUGCUGCACCCAUCCAGCCUCCUCCUGCCCAUGCUGCAUUCACUCAGCCUCCUCCUGCCUGUGCUGAAUUUACUCAGCAUCCUCCUGCCUGUGCUGCAUUCACUCAGCCUCCUCCUGCCCAUGCUGCAUUCACUCAGCCUCCUCCUGCCCAUGCUGCAUUCACUCAGCCUCCUCCUGCCUGUGCUGAAUUUACUCAGCAUCCUCCUGCCUGUGCUGCAUUCACUCAGCCUCCUCCUGCCCAUGCUUCAUUCACUCAGCCUCCUCCUGCCUGUGCUGAAUUUACUCAGCUUCCUCCUGCCUGUGCUGCAUUCACGCAGCCUCCUCCUGUCCAUGCUGCACCCACCCAGCCCCAGACAAACUGUUCACUCUGUAUGUAUGCUUCCGUCAACAUACAUAUACAUCUUCAUAUAAAUAACUGUAAAGUUGCAAUGAAAGGUAACUGA